ACUCUCUCUCGCUCGCUCGAUCGCACGCGCACGCACGCAAGCGCGCAGCUCUCGCUCGCACGCAAGCACACACACGCAAGCACUAUCGCUCCCACGUGCACGCACGCAAGCACACACACUCGCUCGCGUGGAAGCGCACGCAAGCCCAACACACACGAUCUCUCGAACGCGCAAGCAUACAAGCGCACACACACACACUCGAUGGCUCGCGCGCUUUUGAUCUCCACGUAUCGAUCGUUCUCCUCUCUCUCUCGCUCUCUCGCGUGCACGCCCACUCUCUUUCUUGAACGGGCACAUUAUACCUUCUCUCUCUCUCGCAUGUGCAUGUACACCAUAUACUAACCCCCUUUCUCUUGAAUGUGCACGCACACACACAUAAUAAAUAAAAAAGAAAUAAAUAAGAUUAAAAUGAAGAGAUGAAGAAACACGUGCAGUAUUAAGAAAAUAACAGAAAUUACCUCCAUAAUUUUUUGUGGUUUCUGUGGUCCAAUUUACUGAGCUACGUGCAUUUAAGUAUAUUUAUUGAAAAUGUAUUAACAAAAAAAAUCUACAAAAAAAAAGUUAAGGUAUUCUCUCGCUCUUUUUUUUUCUUAACUCGUUCUCUAUUCUCCUUCUCGCGCACGUACAGAUCUGUACACACGCACACACUCUGUCAUUUGCAAUUAACAGUAGUUAAAAAUGAAGUUAAUAACGUCCAAAUUUGGUGUAGUCAAAUUAAACUCCGAGGUUGAAUUGAUCCCAACUGGACCCUUCAACUUCAGCUGAAAACAAACAAUUAACCCUCCCUCAUCCCGCCCUUUUCAGGGGAACUAACUACUUCACAGUCCAGUUGCAGUUCCGUGGCGCGGAAAUAUAAUCAAGAGACUGUACGACAUACUAGCUUUGGAUCUGUUGAGUUUGAUCAUGGAGCUGACGAAAAAAAGAAUUACUGCAUUUAAUGCCUUUUGCAGCCAAAAGCAAAAGGAUGAUCCCCAGAUAGGUCUCGGCUGCAAACUGUGGUCGAGAGAAUGGCGUAGCAUGGGACCUGUAGAGAGGGAAGAUUACCAAAAAAUAGCCAAGGGUUUGUCCUUAAAAGGACUAAGCCCGGAUAAAUGUUACCGAAACAUAGUAAAACUGAUAAAAGAACUACAGGAAAUGCCAGACUCACAGUAUGAGUCUGUGUGCGUCCUCAGUUUGCAAAAUAAUCAAUUCGCUUGCAAGGGAUUUGGUCCACUAACACAUAUGCUAGAUGACUUCGAAAUGAAUAGCACGAUCUUUGGUUUUGUUUCUAGAAUAAGUGAAAAAGCUAAGAAAGAGACUGUAAUUUCUCUGAGGGGAAAAGUAAGGGAGAAGCUGUCAAAAAUUGCUAAACGGGAUCUUGGCCUAAAUCAGUUUCCAUACAAAAGAUUACAGCGGGGAGAAUUUGAGGUAGAAGGAGUACCAUCAUCUCUUUUGCCUCUGAAGCCCCUUUUAAAGAUGAAUAGCUUGGAAUUAAAACAGCUCAUGGACAGCGCUGUAUCAAUCAAGAGGAUAUCUGCAACACAUCUGGCAAGUCACCGUCAUUCCCCUGAAGAUGCAACAGAAGAGACACACCAUACACCAAACACAGUUAUGUUACACUGCAGUGACACAAUACAUCAGAUAGACCACAAUAAACACACAUAUGACACAGUGCAGCAGAAAGACCCCAUUGAUAUAUCACAUCCCAUACCACACACUGUCCACCACACAGGCAUAAUGCAGGCACAAGACAAAGAGAACAGAGAUACAUCACAGGUUCAGAUGCAGACAGGUGACUUGAGCAGGAAUUUCACAUUGGAGUCUUCUGGUGGUACUCAGCAGCAGACUGCUGUUUUGGGUGACUCUGGCGAGCUUGUUUCAGGCUAUACAAACAAAGAAAAUGAAAGUGGAAAUCCCCAGCAGAUAACAGCUUCCAUUGUACAUCUUGGUUCAACCACAACCCAAGUUCAACCCAAGCCUAAAAGGCAAAGACUUAGAUGGAACUCAGAGGCACUGAAAGCAUUAGAAGAUAGCCUUGGCCCUCUAUUUGCUCUGGAUGGUCCCUUACCUGGAUCUGACCGCCUAGAGCACAUUAGAAAUAGUAAGCAAGUUUUACAGAAAUAUAGUGUACAGCAAAUAUAUCAAAAGCUCUUUAAGAUGAUUAACAAAAAGAAAAAACAAGAAGAGAGUAAGACAUUUGGACAGAACUAAAGCUAAGGAGAUAGACUUUCCCAUCCACAGCAACAGAAAAUAUUGGCUUGUGACAUUAUUGCAUAUGUAAACAUUUUUAUAUCACUUUUAUGGAUGCUUUAAUUUUGUGAAUCGAUGUUUUAAAUACAUUGUGAAAUAUUUUAGGAAAAUUUUGAGUAUACUGAUAGCCACUCAGUAGUUGAACUGUUAGAUAAUGAGACUAUGCUAACAACCUAAGAAUCUCAAAUAUAUACAUAAUGAUUUCAGUUUUAAAUGAACGGUAAUCCUGAUUAAAUGUGGUUGUAGGUGCUUUAGUCAUCUAUUUCACUUUUGUUCAAUGAUAUAUGUAUUAUUCUAAACUGUUAUUAUUUAAAAACGAAACAGGAUAUGGAAACAAAGAUGUUUUAAGGCUGUAUUAAUACAUACAAAAUUAACAGAGUAAUAAGUGCUAUAGCUUCAUUAAAAUGCAGUUAACUUGGUGUUAAAUAAGACCGAGGGGGUGCCUCGAGAUUAAAUAAAUUUGUGAAUUUCUAUUAUGCAAACAUUCCUACAUAGUGAGGGUGUAGUUACUGUCGUGCAAUGACUAGACCGAACAAUUGUUUUCAGCUUUUUUUUCUAAAGCGUUUUCCUACUUUUGAUAUAUACAUUUGCUGAACUUGUGUGAAAGAUAGUUUUUUUUUGUUUUUUGUUUUUUUUUGUACAAAGGAGAAAUAAGUU